UUUUAAUUUUGUCUUAUUUUGAUGUUAAGAACUUCAUAAUACACAAUUAUAUGUAACUCUAAAUAUACAACAUGAAAUAGUAAAACUCACAAUAAGCUAAUAUGGAUGAACAGCAAGAAAAUCGUGCUGAUGACAACAGGCCUAUUUUAACAGCUGAGGAACUACUCUCACCCAUCAGUCAGAUAACUCUAGAUAUGAGAAGGUCGCCAUCCAGAUCUUUCAGACAAGAAGAGUCGGAGGAUUCUGUGAACUCAACUAUUGAGAAUGAUAAUAGCUGGCAAGCUACCAAGACGACAGUUUGUGAACGAAACUCUGUGAUGUUUAACAAUGAAUUAAUGAGUGAUGUCAGCUUUCUUGUGGGCCCAAAAGGUUCGGCACUUCGAAUUCCAGCACACAAAUACAUUCUAGCUACUGGAAGUUCAGUAUUCUUUGCAAUGUUAUACGGAGAUAUGGCUGAAAAUAAGAAUGAAAUAGAAAUCCCUGAUGUUGAACCAGUAGCUUUCAGAAUACUUCUCAAGUACCUAUACUGCGACAAAAUCUCCUUAGAAGCAGACACAGUCCUUGCUACAUUGUACGCAGCGAAAAAAUACAUUAUACCAUAUCUUGCAAGAGCCUGUGUUAGAUUCUUAGAGACAAGUCUCAGUGCAAAGAAUGCUUGUAUUCUACUGUCUCAAAGUUGGCUGUUUGAGGAAAAAGAAUUGACCCAAAGAUGCUGGGAGGUGAUAGAUGCUCAAGCAGAACUUGCUCUUCAAUCGGAAGUAUUCACUGAAAUUGACCUACGAACUUUGAACUCUAUACUUGAAAGAGAGACUCUUAAUGUCAAAGAAACCGUCAUAUUUGAUGCAAUUUUACGAUGGUCAGAAGCUGAAUGCAAACGAAGUGAUCUAGAAACUACUUUAGAGAACAGAAGGAAUGCCCUUGGAAAUGCUUUAAAUCUUUUAAGACUGCCAGCCAUGACAUUACAAGAAUUUGCAGAUGGUCCAGCAAGAUCUGGCCUACUUACACAACAAGAGAUUAUUGACAUCUUUUUUUGGUUUGCAUCAUCAAGAAAACCUAAAUUGGAGUUUCCAACUAGUGCUCGGAGUGGUCUUACUCCACAAGUGUGUCGCCGGUUUCUCUCAUGUGCUUAUCGGAGCAAUCAAUGGAGAUACAGGGGGAGAUGUGAUUCAAUACAAUUCAUGGCUGAGAAAAGGAUAUUCUUAGCAGGUUUUGGACUAUACGGUUCCAGCAGUGGAGCAGCAAAAUACACAGCAGAUACGAAACUAACUAGAGGACAAGACACACUUGCUGAAGAAAAAAUAUCAUUUUUAACAGAUGGUUGCACAAAAAUAUUCCCAGUCUGGUUCAGGCAUCCAGUACAAUGUGAGGCAAACGUAUUCUACACAGCAUCAGUUGUAUUGGAUGGGAAUGAACUAAGUUAUUUCGGACAGGAGGGAAUGAGUGAAGUAACAUGCGGAGGUGUUGUCAUACAAUUUCAGUGUUCUAAUGAAAGUACAAACGGAACUGGAGUGCAAGGAGGACAGAUUCCAGAGCUUAUAUUUUACAGAGGAGCAUCUUAACAGUACUUGCAAAUGCCAUCAUGCCAAAAAAGCUAAA